CGUCUGAGAGGCUUGUUUUUUGAACCCAGAAAGUUCCAGCAACAAAGUUAUAACAGAACAUCAGACAUCAAUGUGCCUACAAAAUUGUCAAUCAGCAGCUCUUACUCUGAAUAAAAAUUGUAAACCAUGCCGUUCAUUCUUAAUUCCGUUUGGCUUCACGACCUUUGUGCACUGGAACAAGGUAACAAUGUAAUAACUUCAACAAGUGAAACCCUCUAGGCUUCCAAUGCUCCUAAUAACCACCUAUUCGAGUUAUCUGCAGGGUAAUAGUAUAGAAUUUGAAUCAAACAUGGUUAAAAGUUCUUCAAUCAGGAAUUACACAUCCUUCUUGCCCUCCAGAUUCUAUCGACUCAAUCCGGCUGCGAAGGCUUUGGUUGUCUUCUUGCGGUCGACCAUUCUCAAGACACGAACCUUACGAUUGUUUCCUAAUAGCCUCUGCUUCCUCUUCGGAGGCUUUUGCCUGUUUUCCUUUGGCUUCACAUUCGGCCUCCAGUUUCUUCACCUUACUGCGCAGAGUAGCAACCUCUUCGCCAAGUGCUUUAACAUCUUCUGUACUGGUGCCAGUUUUACCAUCAUCGAGGCCUCGGGUCUGCUUCUUGGCAGCUUCCAUUGUCUUCCUCAGUUGACGAAGCUCCCUGAUGUAGUGGUGUAGUCUGUCAAUCAUCAGUGCGAGGAACAGCAGAAAUCCUGCACACGAGAAUCGAAUGAAUUACUUGAUUUGGA